AUGUCUGAGAAGCAGCAGCAGAUGCAAGAUUUUCUGAACAGAAAACGAAAAAUGGAUUUGGAAGUCGCAAAGGUUGGAGAAUUUGACGUAAUGAGAAAUUUAUGAAAAUGUAGUUCAGAAUUCGUCAACGUCUUCUGAAAAGGAACCGAAAGAAGUAGAAGCGAGGACAGAAAAAGACGCAGAGAAAAAGAAAAAAGAGAGCGAACAGUUCGAAAGAGCGAAGAAAGCCCUGCUGUUCGAAGCCGGAAGGGCCAAGGACCGAGCUGGAGAGAUGGGACCGCAGGGAUAUGUGAAGCCGAAGAGUCUGGCGACGAACAAACAAUUCCUCCGAAGAACUAUCGAAUCGACUCUUCCGCGUCGAAAAGGCAAAGAAACUAAGGAUCCUAAAUGA